UUCCAGCUGGGUCCUGGCACUAUGGCUCCGGCAAAGAAGGGCGGUGAGAAGAAGCAGGGCGGUUCUAUCAACGAGGUCAUGACCGGAGAGGGCACCGUCCGCAUUCACAAGCGCAUCCAUGGCGUGGGCUUCAAGAAGCGUGCCCCUCGGGCGUGCAAGGAGAUGCGGGAGUUUGCCAUGAAGCAGAUGGGCACACCAGAUGUCCGAAUCAUCACCAGGCUCAACAAAGCUGUCUGGGCCAAAGCAAUCAGGAAUGUCCCAGACCGUAUCCGUGUGCGGUUGUCCAGGAAACGUCAUGAGGAUGAAGAUUCCCCAAACAAACUCUACACGUUGGUGACUUACGUGCCUGUCACCACUUUCAAAAACCGACGAAAACUAGUGGCUGAUGAGCUAAUAAAGGUUUUAAAGCUGCCCCCCAAAAAGAGAAAGGCUGAAAUGGGUCACCAUGAUCUCCCUCAUAGGAUUGUUUGGCGAGGGUGCAGUAAAUUACAGUUAGCCUAA